AAGAAAAUAAUUGAAAAGUAAACUAGUGUUGAAGUGUUUAAGUGAUUGACAGUGUAUUCAAAUCGUCAUGGAUUUUCAAAGUGCUAUGGAGACAUUCGCCGAAGCUUGGGUUGCCGCCAAUGCCGGACAACAGAGUCAAGCUUUAGCUUUAACACGUGUAGCUAAUGCAGCUGCUGCGGCUGCCGCAGCAAAUGCCAAAUCACCUACAGCCGAUAAUAUGCACCCAGAUGUGGUGGUUAAAAGAGAACAUUCUCUAACACCACCACCGCCACCAGCACUACCAUCAUUACCACCGCCUUCCACUACCACCAACAAUGCCACCUCAUCCUCUACACGUCAUUCACCCACUAGCAACACAACUACAAAUGCACAAAAUUCAACAAAUACCAAUACAAAUCCGGAUGAAUGCCAAAGUAUAGCAACAUUGCAGCACAAUCGUAGACCUUCCUUACAGGGUGUACAAGAUAAAUUGGCACAAUUGCAACAAUUACAGCAGCAACAUCAACAUCAUCAUCAACAACAACAACAACAGCAGCAGCUGCAGCAAACAAAUGAUGAACAACUACAACGUAGUCCUAGAUUUUCAUCAAGUAAUCUAUCAGCAACACUCAAUACCACACCAUCGCCACGGCAUGAGUUGGUGCAUACACCUACCCACAACCUAACAGCCAAUGCCAAUCCAACAACGUCUAGUCAAAAUAGCUCAACACCAAAGUUAACAACUGAUAGAGAUGACCACCAUCAUUCACAUCCUCAUCAGUUACAACAACAGCAGCAUCAGCAACAACUACAACAACAGCAACGUUCUACAGACACCCAUACGCCCCGAGUACUGGGCAGUAUAACUUGUUUACCUCCAUCGGCUUUAAAUGCGGUAGCAGCUGCGGCUGCAGCUCAACAACAGCAGCAGCAGCAACAACAACAGCAUCAACAGCAACAACUUCAGCCCACAGAUAAAUUACUUGCCUCACCAGCUGCCUCGGCAAUGGAGCAACGCAAAGAUUUUGAUGUUACAAAAGUUAAUUCAAAAUCCUUACCAUUGCAUUGUGUGGUGGAAUCUGUUCACUCGCUGCAAGCCUCCCUAACCAUAGACCAACGUAGUCCCUGGAAACGAAGACCAAAUGUUGAAACGGAUAGUUAUGUGAUUAUAGCAGCUGCUACACCCUGGUCAGAAAUAGUACAAACUGCUUUACAAAGAUUGGGUUAUUCCCAGGAAACGUCAUCGACAGCAAGAGGUUCUCUCAUCAUCAAAAACUGGAAACCCAUACCGCUAGAAAACAUAUCCGAUAAUCCUGUCGUUCCCGUAUGUGAUAUUAUAGGAGAACUAACAUCUGUUGUCACAUUACGUAUUGUUAUAUUGCGCUGUAAACCUUCACCGUUUGGUGAAAUAAAAGAUAAACUUUUAAAGUUGCUCGUACUGCAGUCACAUGCUGUUCUCAGAUCUACUGGUUGCCCUUUAGAUGAGGUAACCCUCUCACAAAUCUGUCGCAGCUCCUAUCAAAAUCCAUUCGCCUUCCCCGGCGGUGAUAUACCCGAAGAUUUACGUCGCAAAUUCGAUCAAUGGUGGUCGAAUCAAUUAACACCACAAAGCAACAUGGGUCCCAAACUCUUGCCCUUCAUGAAUGCUCCUCCCACGGGCGUCAGCAACGAGAUGGAACACAAUAUGGGUACAGCAGCUUUGGCGGCGGCUGCAGCAGCAGCUGCUGCGGCACAAGCAGGUCUACAUGCCGCCACCACAGUUGGCUCAAAUGUGGCGAGCAGUAUUAGUGCCAGUCGCGAAUCAUUAUUAUUAAAUGACUCUAGUAGUCAUCAUGCCGGUGCAGUUAUACCAGGAACCGCAGGUGGUCAUCAUGCCAGUAUGAUGGUGCAUCCGGCCAUGCAUGCUAGCAUGCAUCAUCAUGCCAAUUUGGCGGCUCACACACAGUUCUCCAAUCAAAAGACACGCAUGCGUACAAGUUUUGAUCCGGAAAUGGAAUUGCCACGUUUACAGAAAUGGUUUCAGGAAAAUCCCCAUCCCUCUAGACAGCAAAUACAAGCCUAUGUGGUGCAACUAAAUGCUUUAGAAUCACGUCGUGGCAGAAAACCCUUAGAUGUUAACAAUGUUGUGUAUUGGUUUAAAAAUGCUAGGGCAGCCCAAAAACGAGCAGAGAUGCGAGGUGGAUUUGGUGCCAUGCAUGUGGCCAUGAAUGGUUAUAUGGGUCAGCAUAAUCAAUUGGGCCAGACUUCUGGCGGCAGCAGUACUGGCAGCAUGAGCAGUCAACAGCAAAUGAUGGGUUCUAGCAUGGGUAAUCUAUCGCUAUCGAAUGAUUUCAUGAAGAGCCCCUUAAGCUUAAAAUCAGAAGAUAUUGAUAAUAUGUCUCAGCAUUCAGAUGAUAUGGAUGAGGACAACUCACGACCCAAUUCGCCACAAUUACCUUUAUCUCUAACCAUACACGAAAGACAUCAAACUCCACCCGAUUUGGAUACUAAAGAGUUGAAUACAGAAAUGCUUAACAAAAGCUCUCUAAUAGAUGACAAUAGUUCGGAUGAAAAAUCUGGUUUAUUAAAUGAAUCCCAAAAUGAACGUGCCUUAUCGCGUAGUUUUGAGGAUAGAGACAAAUUUACCAACGAUAAAAACAAAAGCAAUGAUGAGGUGGACAACACCGAAAAUGCCGCCAAUGAAGAGGCUCCACGGUCGCAGCAGGAAAAUGAGACCAAUAACAAUUCUUCCAAUUCACUGAAUAACAAUCAAUCGGGCCAUGAUCUAACGCACUCACAGUCACGUCCCUCUUCGCCCAAAAAUGCCUCUUCCAAAGAAGACGAUGAAGAUCUCGAUAUGGAUGACGAUGAUGAUGAGAACGACACCAGUCAUCUAGAGGAUUUCCGUUCACCCUCACCGGACAUGAGUAAUGCCAUGGUGGCAGCUCAACGUAAAGACUUACCUUUUCCCAUGGUGCCAAACAGUAUGUUCCAACAGUCGUUUAUGUAUAUGAGUCAUUAUAUGCCAGGUUUUGGUCAGGCUGCUGCCGCUGCUGCUCAUCCACAUGCAGCGGCUGCUGCUCAUCAUGCUGCCGCAGCUGCUGCGGCCGCUGGCAUGCAACCGAAUGCCUUGAUGGGCGGCGGGGGCUUGAAUUUAUCCAGUAUUUCGAAUGAGGAGAGACGCAAAAGAAAUCGCACAUUCAUAGAUCCAGUCACUGAGGUGCCAAAGUUGGAGCAAUGGUUUGCCAUGAAUACACAUCCUUCGCAUAGUUUGAUUUUGAAGUAUACCGAAGAUUUGAAUACGAUGCCCUAUAGACAAAAGUUUCCCCGCUUGGAAAGCAAAAACGUACAAUUCUGGUUUAAGAAUCGUCGGGCCAAAUGUAAACGCCUUAAAAUGUCGCUGUACGAUACCAAUCAAUGUUCCCAACUAACCGGACUCAAUUCUUUUGUACAUAAAUAUGAUGAGCGUGAUUAAGUUUUCACAAAAACACAUUUACAAGGCAAUAUUGUUGAUACAAUUUAAAUAGUUUUUAUUUUUUUUUUGCAAAAUUAAAAAAAAAAGAAAAACACACUAACAAAAUCAUAUCAGAAAAUUUUAUUUUUAUUAUUGUAUUAUGAAAUAUAUAUCCAUACAUACAUAUGUAUUUAUAAUAAAUUUUUAUUCUUUUGUCUUUUUAAAUUUAAAACAACAAAACAACAAAAAAUCCAGCCAAUUUUAUAGUAUUUAGUAUUAAAUUAAUUGUAAUACUGUAAUUACAACUUGUUAAAUACCAUAUAAAACAAGUUUUAAUUUUUAAUCGUAAUAUACAACAAAAACACACACACAUAUGACAAAUAAUUAAAAAAAAAUGUUUAUAAAA